AUGCAAUACGAACAGGCACGAAUUGAAGAGGAAUAUGGACAGAGAUUAUUGCAACUCUCAGAAAUAUCAUUAUCUGAAUUUGAAGAAAGCUACAGUACAUUUUCUGAGUCACUCGAAAGCAUACCAACCGCAACAGAAGCAGCAGCCCGUGCUCACAUUGAUCUUGCCCAGCACAUCAAGCAACUCUUAGAAACUCCAUUGGCAGGAUUCAUCCGCAACCAAAAAGAGCAAUGGAAAAUGGCAAGAUCCCAAAAUUUAUAA